AUGGCUAAUAGAAAGCUGCAAACUGAAAUCGACCGUGUACUAAAAAAGGUCGCUGAGGGUGUAGAAUCCUUUGAAGGUAUAUUUGAGAAAAUACAGUCUACGAGCAAUGCUAAUCAAAAAGAGAAAUUAGAACAAGAUUUGAAGAAAGAUAUCAAAAAACUUCAAAGACAUCGCGACCAGAUAAAGACAUGGAUAUCGUCAAAUGACAUUAAAGACAAGAAAGCUCUUAUCGACAACAGACGGCUAAUUGAACAGCAAAUGGAGAAGUUCAAAGCAUGCGAGAAAGAAAUGAAAACCAAAGCAUAUUCUAAAGAAGGUCUUAGUCAGUCAGCUAAAAUGGAUCCAAAAGAAAAAGAGAAAUUAGAAACAACUGCUUGGCUAUCAGAUAUGGUCGAUCAACUGGCACUACAGAUCGAAGCUGCUGAGGCUAAAGCUGAAAGCUUGCAUGCUGUUAUUAAGAAAGGUCGCAAGGAUCAGCAGAAACUCGAAGAUCUCAACGAGGCCGAAAAUUUAGUAGAGCGUCAUAAAUGGCAUACCGGACGAUUAGAGUUGAUACUACGAUUACUCGAAAAUGGCAACAUUACUACAGAGCAGGUUUUGGAUAUUCAGGAGGAUAUAAAAUACUAUGCGGAGAGUAACCAGGAUCCCGACUUUGAAGAAGAUGAGCAUAUAUAUGAUGGGUUAAAUCUAGAAGAAGAGGAAGAGAUUUAUGGUAGAACUGGAGAUGAUCAUCAUAGCAGCCACGAUUCUGUAACAGAUGAGCCACAAACACCACAAAAGGAGCACUCGCCGUCAAUGUCGCCGACAGCAAGAACCACUGCGCCUAUAAAUAAACCAACAAUACCUGUUCCGACGAGAAAAGCUAGUGUUAGCAAUGCUCUUGAUUCAACAUCCCGGCCUAAAGAAGAAGAAAAACCAAAACUCCCACCACCGAUACCGAGUAGCAACGUCCAAUCUCCUCCAUCAACCAGUGCAUAUGCAUCUGUGAAAGCCAUGCAAGGUGGACCACGGAUUAUAACAAAGGGAGCGCCUGAACAGAUGACGACAUCAGCACAGACUCCAACAGUCUCCUCCACAGGCCCGUCAGCAACAGCACCUCAUCAGCCCCAACCUCCGCUACGCUAUGCAGCUUUUGGCUUAUCACAAUCAUCGCCAGAAGCCGAACAGAAGAAAUACCUUGCUCAGUAUGAGAUAGAUUCUUCCAACCAACAACCUAUAGAACCUCCUAUGAAACCGACCCUAUCGACAUCAAUAGCAUCGGCGUUUUCUGCAACGGCAUUCCAGCAACUAGCAUCUGCGACUCCAAUAUCGCAAACAAUACAGCCUCGCGAUGCAACAGCAACUGUUUCAAAUUUGGCAGUUGGACAGCAGUCAUCAUCAAUGCAGGCAACCGAAGACUUAUCUGAACAGUCGUCUGAACAGGAAACUCAGCAUGUAAUACCUGAUGUUUCUCGGGAAGGACCACAUGCUGAGAGCCGUUUCCCCGCAUCGCUUACGGAUUUAGUAGCUUCUUUUGAAGCUGCUAAGGAAAAAUCUCUAAGUAAAGACAAUCGCCAUCACGUACAGCAAAUGCUUGAUGUUAGUUUCCAACAUGUACCGGAAAGCGCGGAUGCGGAGCGACCCAAAUACUAUGCCCCACGAAACCCAUAUCCAACUUCCCAAUAUUACCCCACUACUCCAUUAUCAGUGUUUGACAAUCCAAUGCUUUUUGAGAAGUUUGGGCUCGAUUCGCUCUUUUUCAUAUUUUACUAUCAGCAAGGAACGUAUCAGCAAUAUCUUGCUGCUCGCGAAUUGAAGAAACAAUCCUGGCGAUUUCAUAAAAAGUAUUUGACAUGGUUUCAGAGACAUGAAGAACCAAAAGCAAUGACUGAUGAGUACGAGCAGGGAACAUAUAUUUAUUUCGAUUAUGAAGGUGCUUGGUGUCAGCGAAAGAAGACGGAAUUCAGAUUCGAAUACCGUUUCUUGGAAGAUGCUGAACUUGUAUAA